AACCAACAUCUCAAUCCCCGAGUACCACAAUGUCUUCCGCUUCAUGCAUCUUUUGCAAGAUCAUCAAGGGCGAGAUCCCUUCGAUGAAGAUCUUCGAGAGCGACAACACACUUGCAUUCCUUGAUAUCGGGCCAUUGAGCAAGGGACACUCUCUCAUCAUCCCCAAGUACCACGGCGCAAAGCUCCACGACAUUCCCGACGACCAGCUGGCUGAAGUCGUGUCGGUUACAAAGCGCAUUGCCGUCGCACAGAACCUCCAGGACUACAAUAUCUUGCAAAACAACGGCCGCAUUGCGCACCAGAUGGUCGACCAUGUGCACUUCCAUCUGAUCCCGAAGCCGAAUGAGCAGGAGGGCCUGGGCGUGGGAUGGCCGACCAAAGAGGCAGACAAGGGAGAGCUGAGCAAGCUGUUGGAGGAGAUCAAGAGUAAAAUGUAGAGAGCAUAGACACGGCC